AUGUCCCUGAAUAAAGAAACUUUCCAAGGAACUGUAAAUACUUUAAAGGAUGCUGUUCUUCUUAUCGAAGGGGUAAGAUUGGGGAUGCUUCCCAGCGUAACUAAAAGAUUGAAUGAAUAUGAGCGAGAGCUAAUUAAACCCAACUUGAUAUAUGUCUGGAACGAAACCGAAUGUGGAUUGAAAAGGUGGACAGAUGGGAAAAUAUGGAGUGCUUCCAAGGCACUGGGACCAUUCUUGAUUUAUACUGAAUUGGAGAAGAAAGCCGAUACAAAACCUAAACACAACGGUCUAGUGAAGCAAUCGUUCAGUCUAAACACUAAACAGAAUCAGAGAUUCCAUUUAAUUGCAUACCUCUCGAGUGACGAGCUGGAAAAUUUACAAGCACCACAGAUCCCAAGCACUGUUUCAAACUUAGCACAUUUAUAUUUAUCGCCGAAUAUCUAUCAAGAGAAUAUUCUUUCUUAUGUUUACAAUGGUUCCACAACUCCAAUGCAGCAUCAAAGUCUGUUGAGCCUGAAAGGUCUGACUAACUCAUUUGGGCAACCUCAGAUACUCACUCAACCACCUCAAACACUCAGUCAAUCACCUCAAACCAUACAUCAGCCAAUUCAGACUCAGCAACAUCUGCAACCUCUCAUACAACAACCUCUUAUACAGCAACCUCUUAUACAUCAACCUCAACCACAACAGCCUCAACCACAACCCCUUCCACAAUCUCAUCCGCAACCCCAUCCACAACAUCAUCCACAGUCUCAUCCACAACCUCAUCCACAACCUCAUCCACAACCUCAUCCCAUUGUUGGACACCAGCCUCAUGUUGUAGGACACAUCCACUUACAAUCUGGGCACCCAGCUCACCCACAGUCGCAGCCCCAUCACAGUCAAGCUCAGUCUCAAAAUGCACAGCUCAUCCAGCUCCCACAUCAACUUUCUCAUACACACCUUCAUACACAUCAGCAAAUAAUUCCAGUCACUAAACCCACUUUGCAUGACGUUAUAGAUACGCCUCCAAGGCGACGGUACAAUGAUGAUGAUCAAAAGAUCUUACUGACUUUAAACAGAAAUUUUAAUAAACCCAAGUGA